AUGGCUUUUUCUACGUUCAAUGUAAUAAAAACAAAUGAUGUAACUGUAUUUGAUGAUGAGAACAAUGAAUAUGAAGGCAAAUCAGUUAUUAUUCAAUAUCCCGGUUAUCGUAUAUUAAUUAUAGACACUGGAUUAUUAGAAAGACAUAGAAAACCAAAUAUUUUAUCUACAAUUGAUGUCAUCAUUGUAUUACAAUGGAAUUCAACUGUUCAAUUAUCAUUAAAUAACUUGUUCAAUGAAAUUGCUAGCAAACAAUUCAUAUUUGAAAAGUGCACAUGUUUAAUUCUACCAACGAUAUGUCAGUUGAAACAUAUUCCAUUCAAUUCACUUCAACAUAAAUUAAUAAAAUCUUCAAUGAUCAAGAAUGAUGAAAUUAAAGAAAUGAUCUGGUUACAAAUUGCAUUGAAAUUAGGACUAAUUGUUUUACAAGUUUCUAAUGGAAAUAAAUUUUGGACAAGAUUUCAACAUACACAAUCAAUGAGUUCAUCUAUAAGUGAAAAACUACACCUUACGUUAUAUAAUAAUAAUCAAUCAAUACAGAAAACAAAUUGUAAUAGUGAAUUACUAAAACGAAAUUUAUUAUUAUAUGAAAAAUUUGGAGUAGGAAAAUUGAAAAUAUUACCUAUUUCAACUGGAUGUGUUGCUAACCAUGGCUUAUCUUAUAGUGUAUUGUUUACAUGGAUCCCUUAUGAAAUAGAAUUGUCCAACAUAACAGAACAUCAUAAGAAUUAUGCCAAAGUAUUUUUCUAUUCAGUAACAUUAGAUUCAAAAAAAGGAAAUGAUUCUGUCAAUGAAAAGCAAUUAGUUUACCAUCGAAUUGAAACUGAACAGAAAUAUGUUGGAAUGAAUUGUUCAAUUAAUAAGAAAGGAAUUACAGAACAUGAUGUGACUUAUUCUCAGUCGAAAAUAACUCGGUCAAAAACAUUCACCUCAGGCUUAAAUCCACCAAAACGUACAAUUUAUACAAACGCAGUACGUUCGACAACCAAUCCAAUUUUAAGGAAAAGUCGUGAACAGAAAUAUGAAAAUGAUAUGGUUAAGUCUCCUGAAGAUAAUCAUAAGCAAAAAUGUGGAAUUAAACAAGUUACAUUCAGUGGAACGGUUAAUUAUGUUUCAACUGAAGAUUUUGUUGAGAAAGUCACAAUGAAGUCAUCCGUAAAUGUCAAUCAAUCAGUGAUACCGAAAGCCUUGCCAUCACCAAUAGUAAAUAAAAUAUCAACAAAAAAAUCAUUAUCACCACAAACAAUAGUAGUUAAUACUAGUACUACUAAUGCUACUAUUGCUACGAAUAUUUCUGAAAGUUCUGUUAUUGUAUCCAAUGAAAAAAACAAUGGCGAAUUAUUUCCUCAAUCUAAUGAAGAAUGUUCUUUUGAAGAGAAAACCGAGACUCUGCUAACCAAAUCAACUUCAUGUCCUAAUCAACUGGCACAGCAUACAUUAAAUAAUCAUUCUAGACCUACAUCAUUAUUUGAAAAGGAUUCCGACUAUCAGUAUUAUUACUAUUAUAAUAGUGAUCAAGAAUAUGAAAGAUUUCCAAUAUCAGCCACCGUAUUAUUAGCUAUACCUGAAGGUGGUGAAAAUGACUACUAUGCUGAUUCACCACAAUGUAUAACAGUUAAAGAACUAAAAGAAUUAGGAUUAUAUGCUAGUGAAGAGGACGAUGAUGACGAAGAUGAAGAUGAUGAGGAUGAAAGUAACAGGAGUGAAGACAGAAAUGAAAACGAUACAGGAAUAAAUGUGCGUGAGUUAGAUAAUACAUUGUCAGAUGAUGGAACUAAUAGUUCUAGUUUCAUCAGUGAAAGUGUAUCCGAUUUUAAUGAAGUACACAUUCCAAAAAAUAUCAGUCUAACACAUCAUGAAGAAGUAAUGAUUUCAUAAUUACAUAUCUCCCAUAUUUUAGAAUAGCUUCACAAAAUAAUCAUCUUUUCAUAUUAUAUUACACAAUAUAC